AUGUGUUUGAGAGGUCCUGCUCAGCGCAUUCUGUCAGAACUCACAGUUGGACAAAUUGCUGUAAAGAAUGCUUUUCUUAGGAGGUUUGAUCCACCUGGUAGGGAGUCAGCAUACAAAUCUGAGUUUAGGAAUAGGUCCAGAGAGGCAGGGGAAUCACUCGUUGACUACGGGGAAAGGUUGAGAAUGUUAGCUAGAAAGGCUUUUCCUUUUAAAGAUGCUGCACAGUUAGAGAGUGACACUGUGGAUCAGUUUGUAGAUGGUGUUUGCAAUUUUGAGUUGGGGAAACAUGUACAGUUUUGUCACCCCAGUAGUCUAGAUCAAGCUGUAAGUGCAGCAAUAGAGUUUGAAGCUGUCAGUAAUAGACAGACACAGAAUAGGAAACCCCAUGACCUCAACCCUGAGGCUCCUGCCUUUGUACACGCUGUAAACAGUACCAAACAAUCAACAAAUGGUACAGCUGAGAAAGACUUAGCAGCUCUUAUCUUGGAGCAAUUUGAGCAGUUAAAUAAAAGAAUGUCUCAGCGCAAGGGUUCUAGCAAAACCUAUGUCCCUGUGUCACAGAGGAAGUGCUAUAGUUGUGGGGAAACAGGCCAUAUGAGUUAUGCAUGUCCCAAGAAAGACAGUCUGAACAAUAAUGGGAAUCAGGCCCAGGGAAAUUAG